GGCACUGAAGCGUGUGUGCUUCUCUCUCUUCCACCAGCUGAGGGUGGAGAAAGGGGCUGGGCCCCUGAGAUCACCCCCCCUCCUCCGUGCUCACUCCUCCAAGAAGAAGGGGGCAGGCUCAUCAGGGGAAUUGCAUUCCCACCAAGCUCAAGGAAGGGCACUGGCAAAAAACACAAGAGGUGCUGUGGAUCAGAUGAAGGGACCACCCCGUGCAGCAUUCUGGGUCCAAAACCGGACAACCGGAUACAUCUGUGCCUGAAGUUGAAUGCCAAGCCCGCUGACCCCUCACCUCCCAUUCAGAGGGGCUCUGGGGGCUGCAAUGGAGGAAUGGAGUAUCCUGGACGAACGGCGGAAGGACCUCUAUAGAGAUGUGAUGCAGGAGAAUUACGGGAAUGUCAUCUCUUUGGGCUUCCCCAUAGUUAAACCUAACAUAAUCUCCUGGAUGGAACGAAAAGAAGAACCGCUAGUCCAGAACGAGGAUCUGGACCAAGGACCAGAAGAAAGCAAAAGCAGCAGAGAUGCCCACGCAGACAAUGCAACCACUAGUGAGAAUGAAGAAUGGGAAGAGGAAGAGGAGGAAGCCCACAUACGACCCAAUGGCCCUGCUCCAGAGGAUACCCCCAUGGUCGCCCCACCUGUCCUGGACUGGGAAGUGGCCUGCGAAGCACUGCAGGGCAGUGGGGGUAGCGUCAGCGGUGGUCUCACCAGUGCCAAAGCCAGAGGUGAAAAGCCCUCCCGAGGGAGGCGUCCCUGGGGCAGCCGGCACUGUCACCUAGGCUACCGCCGAAUGGGCGCUGCUCCCCCCAAAUUCUUUGACUGUCCAGACUGUGGGAAGAGGUUCACAUUGAGCUCGCACCUGAUACGACACCAGCGGGUACACACGGGGGAGAGACCGUUUGGGUGCCACUCCUGCACCAAGAGCUUCUCUCAGCGGUCAGACCUGGUGCGUCACGAGCGCACGCACACGGGCGUCAAGCUUUACCGCUGCACCCAGUGUGAUAAAUCCUUCUCGGAGAGCUCCCACCUCAUCCGCCACCAGAUAAUCCACUCGGGUGAGAAACCUUUCAAAUGCAAUGUCUGCGGCAAAUGCUACGGAGACAGCUCCUACCUCACGGUGCACCAGCGAGCCCACACGGGGGCCCGCCCUUACCGCUGUGCUCGCUGUGGCAAGAGUUUUGGCCGGUCCUCCACACUCAUUCGCCACCAGCGCGUACACGGCGACCCCACACCAGCCCCAGGGGAUAAGCCACGCCCCCGGGGCAUCUGGACAGCAUUUGCCCGCCUACCGAGCGAUGAGGAUGGAGACUCUCAACAAAUUCUGUCCCCUCAGAGAUCACUGACAUCCCCCGACCCAUCCCUCACAUCGUCCAUGUUGCCUCUGCCGCCUCCAUCUCACAGGGACCCACGUUCCAUGAGGAUUAUGGGGUGGCAAUGGGGGAUGGAAUAAAGAUCAGAAGUAUGAAUAAAGGGAGAAGCAGCAUUGCUUGUGGCAACCUCUUUCUGGGAAGAGGUUGGCCAGUACAUGGGAUUUGGUUGCCAGGGAAUAACUGGUCCUUAAGAAGAAGAACUGGUGGUGGGUGAUCAAUUGCUAGAUAGGGGAAUGGUUACCAUGGUGAUCAAAGACCUCAUGUUUUUAUAACUAAGAGUUUCUCGAUCACCAGACAAGGUUGGCAGGGGUGGGGCUGGUGACGGCCAAAGGAUGAGAUUAGUUGGGAAACUGGGAUAACCCUAAUACUUUGGUUCCUGGAGGUAAUUCCAUCUCAGGGUUGGAAGGGCACAGGAGAAUAGGACGCUAGAGCAAUGCACUGGUAACCAUGGCAACAGAGCAGGGUUGUUGGAUUACCAUGGGAACUUAGUUGCCAAGGAGAGCAGUGUAUUGGUUACCAGGGUGGUUUGGGGAGCAAUCAGUUGGUUUCUUAGGCUGCCACAGAGAGAAAAACAGUGGUGCAGCAGACACUGAUGAGUUGGGUUACUGAGGUCAGCUGUUUUCAAAAAGAAAGGCAGAGAUAACUGAACUGGCUGUUUAAUACUACCUGCUGUGAGGAAUGUGAACUUGGCGUCUAGAUGGCCCUGGAGAUUUUAGUAAUUCUUUCAUGGUCAGAUGAAGAUGAUAAAAAUGGGGUGUUGUGACUGGUUUCCAUGGCGACUGAAGAAUGGGUGGUUGCAUUAAUGACUACUAGAUUGAGAUGUUAAAAGACUGGCCAGCCAUCUCUCUAACUCUGGUUACUCAAGGAAGCUCAAAACAUAAGCGCUGUUGGGUUGAGGGAGAAGAAGCUAUUGGGUCUUUUGCAUUGGUAGAGAGAAGAACGGCAGCUUGUUUAUCCAGUGGUUGUGUGAAGGCUCAGCUAGGCAUGGCAGUAGGAUGCCUUCACUGUUUAGGAAUGAAGUUCCCUCUGUUUACAAAUACUGGAUGAGCCCAAUCCUGGUUGGGAACCAUAGUGUGGGGGGAGCAGUGCUUGUUGCCGCUGCCUGCGUGCCGUUUUCAAGAGCCCAAAGAAGACACGAGGGCCACUGCUUAAUGGGUAACGCUUCCUGUGGUUCUACCAAGCCUUUGGCCUCUAUUCCAUCUUCAGGAGGAGAAUGCAUGUCAAGAGAGGCCCUGAAGAAUAUGACUGAGGAGACGGUGGGAUGUAUGAGGUGGAUGAAGAAGGUGACUGGACCAUCUUCUCUGAACUCUUGCCUGUACUCGAUGGGGUUUUUACUUCUGGAAAAUGAGGAGAAUUGGGUCGCAAAAGGGAUGCCCCUUGCUUGGAAAGCAGCCAUCUUGUGGAAGAACAAGAAGUAUGGAGACAAUUAAACAUGAUUCAUUGGGGCUGGCUCCCAAAAUGGCAACUAAGUAAUUUUUCCUUCAUCGACUAUUUUAUGCCUGUUUUCCUGGGGUUGGGGGAUUGCUGACUUUUUACAAGAUGACAAAUGUAUUUAUUGAUCCUUCUGUCUUGGCCUUUCUCUUUCCUGCAUUUGUCUCUUAAAAUUAUCUCAUUUAGAAUCUAAAUCAGCUAC